UUAAUAACAUGUGAUAGUUGAUGAAAAGAAAUGAUCAAAAUCUAAAAUGUAAUAGAGAUUAAGGAUAAAUUUAAUUAAUUUUCAGGAAUCUUGUACCAUGAAAUGACACAUAUCUGGCAAUGGAACGGAAAGGGGGCGGCGCCGGGGUGGUUGAUCGAAGGUUUUGCAGAUUACAUACGACUGCAAUCAGGGUACAUUCCGAGCCACUGGGUGCCGCCUGGAGGUGGGUCAAAUUAUACAGAUAGUUACGACAAGACAGCAAGAUUUAUGGACUAUUUGGAGAAGAGGACGAGUGGGUUCGUGUCAAAGCUGAAUCAAAAGCUCAGAGACGGCUUCUCUCUAGAUUACUUUGUGGAGCUGCAGGGAAAGACAGUGGAUGAACUGUGGGCGGAGUACAAGGCAGCGUUUGGGAAUCGUGAUUGAGUAUCAUUAUAAACAAAGGCUCGUCUUCUGUUUGUCCUUAAUAGGUAUUGAUCCAGUAUGUGUGUACUGUUAUUGUAAAGGUUUUCCAUCAACUUUUCUAUUUAAUUGAUAAAUGUUAUCAAUAUCAAUGAAGUUGUGUUUGUGCCAACACGUAGCAAAUGUGUAGGCAGAAAUUGGAUUUGCUGAUAGUUUUUGUUGCAUUGAUAUAUACCUAAAAUUCUUGAAGGAUAAGGUCGUGUAUGAUACCCUAUGUCAAAUGGACUAAAUGAAAACUAUACUCACAAAUUAAAAUUUGAAAUUUCGAUUCAAAUAAAAGCCAAGACUUCGUCAAAACUUUGAGACCCAAACUUUGAGACCCAAGACUUAGCUUAUAGAGUAGUUUCCAGAAUUUGGACAGUCAAAGCAAGAAUUUGACAAUUCUUCCAUUUUCCUUCCUUCCUAAGUUGAAAAAUCAACGGCCAAAUUAAAAGCUUCACCAUCUCCAUAUUCACACACACACAUCGAUCCAUGGUUUCCAACAAUUUAAUCUUCUUCCUCUUACUGAUCUUUCUCGCUCUCCUAAGAUCCAUCUCUGCCGUCGAGUACACCGUCACCAACAACGCCAGUGGCACACCCGGCGGUGCCCGCUUCGACAGCAUAAUCGGAGCGAAUUACAGUCGGCAGACCCUGGUAGCUGCGACUGCCUUGAUAUGGAACAUUUUCCAGCAAAGUACCGCGGCCGAUCGGAAACACGUGGAGAAGAUCAGUCUGUUUAUUGAUAAAAACUUGGAUGGAGUAGCGCUCAAUAUGAACAACGAGAUUCAUGUUAGCGCAAACUAUAUCUCAAGCUACAGUGGAGAUUUGAAAAGGGAGAUCACAGGAUUGUUGUACCACGAAAUGACUAAUAUCUGGCAAUGGAACGGGAACUUGAAGGCGCCGAGCGGGUUGAUCGAAGGGAUCGCAGAUUACGUACGACUGAAGUCAGGGUAUAUACCGGGGACGUGGGUGGAGCCGGGUGGGGGGAACUGGUGGGACGAAGGCUACGACGUGACGGCAAGGUUUUUGGAUUAUUUGGAGAGAUCAGUGAGAAGUGGGUUGGUGGCGGAACUGAACAGGAAGAUGAGAAAUGGAUACUCCGAUGAUUACUUCCGGCAGUUGAUGGGGAAGCCGGUGGAUGAGCUGUGGGCUGAGUACAAGACGAAGGCCAAGUUUGGGAAUGUUGAUAACAAAUGCAAUAGUUUUGAAAUUGAAGUCAGUGGGGUUUUUGCUCUACAGCUGUAAACAAACUAUAAAGUUCUAUUAAUUGGUAUUCAAAUUCUAAUUUCAACGGUGUCAUUCAUGUAAUCAAUUCAUUACAUUAGAGACCAAAAAUAAAAUAUUGACUUGACUCCCUUUUGAAGAA